GCAAGCAGGCGUCUUACGGCAGUGGAGGUGCCGGAUUGUCCAUUCACUUCCCAGAGGACCCGACGGAGAUGAUAGUGGGGGCUCCCGGGGUCCUGAGCUGGCGAGGAACAGUCAUCCGUUUCAAGGAUUCUAAUCCCGUAAUCUUUGUCGGAUCUUCCCGACGUCGUCGUCGUCGUCAGUCAGUUGCAUCAGAACGUCAUAUGUUUUCAUUAGAGUUCGUGAUGAAUGCAAACAACACGUCCAUAGAUGAAAAUGACCUUUUGGGCUAUUCUGUGACGUCCGGUAACUUCCUGUCAUCCGAUAAGAUUCUCUACGCAGCUGGAGCCACUCGUGGAGCCAACUCUCUCGGGAGGGUGGUUUUGUUUGAUUUUCCUCAAAGUGAACAUAUGGAAAUGAUAGAACACUAUAAGUGGGACGGCACGCAGAUGGGAGAGAACUUUGGGGCAUCGCUUGUGGCUGCCGACAUCAAUGGUGAUGGACUUAGUGACCUGGUGGUUGGUGCGCCCAUGUACUCCACGCCCGAGGCUUCUGAUAUGGGAAAGGUUGUUGUGUAUAAAACGAAAAGGCAACGAGGCCAAGCCACAAUGGAAUCAUCAUACAGACAUUACUAUGGAAGUGCCAAAGCCGAGGCAAGAUUUGGCACCACUCUGGCUGCAUGUGGAGACCUUAACCAAGAUGGAUUCCAAGACAUAGCAGUGGGUGCCCCUUGGGAAGACGGUCACGGAGCUGUGUACAUUUACCUUGGUUCCUCACAAGGUCUGAGGGCGAGGUUCUCCCAGCACCUCUUGCCGCAGCACUUCUCUGCGCCUUUCUUGGGUUUUGGCAUGGCCAUCUCCAGAGGCAUCGAUAUCGAUGGCAACGGGUAUCCUGACUUAGCCAUCGGUAGCUUCCUCUCCGGCCACGCAGCGCUUUUGAAAAGUCGACCGGUGGUGAAUGUCACAGCUAGCAUAACCACAAUACCAUUAAGAGUAGCUCUUACUGAUACUUCGCUCAAAUUGAGUGUCUGUUUCAACUACAAGGAAAAUUUCGAAGUCGGUAUCAAAGGUAACAUCACUUUAGACUACAAGUUCAUGUCUCCUCGAGCCUUCUUCCCAGACACCAACUCCUACAACAAGGAGUUCAGGCAAAAAGACGAAAGGUGUAAAGACUACUUGAUUACACUGAAGGAGGAUAAGAUUGACGCCCGGGAACCCAUUUCGGUGAAAGCUGAGUGGGAGCUGGACCACUCCCAGUCCGCUAAUCUUCUUUCACAACCGCUGAUGGAUCCCAGUCAGCCUACCACGGUGACAAGACAGGUGGCCAUAAUUACAGGCUGUGAGAAGGACGGCGACGAAACCUGCCAUGUGGAUCUAGGAGUUAAAGCCACAUCUUCCAACCAAGAGACGGCAUCUGUGAUUGGUAGCGAAAACAAAUCUUCCGUGACAGUAAGUGUGUUCAACAAGGGAGAACCUGCUUUCCUUCCCAAUGUUACGGUCAGCGUGGACCCUCCCCUCGCCCUGCUGCUCCCUAACACACACAGCUGUAACUUCCCUUCAGGAGACAGAUCCUUCCUCGCAUGUCAUCUCAGGAACCCAAUUAUGCCUGACGAGAAGGAUGAGGUGAAGGUCACUCUAGACACGAGCCAACUGGACGACCGAGCUACAAACAACUCCUUCAGAGUAGAAGUGGCAAGCGAGGGCACAGAGACACGAUCUCAGGAUAAUACCAUAGAUCAUAACCUGCACAUGGGCGCCAGCGCAUCUCUUGAACUUUAUGGUAAUUCCAGAGAAGACCAGAUUAUAUACCAACGCCUCGGGGACCAAAUUAACGCGACCGUAACACCGAAAUUCUCGUAUUUAUUUUUGCUGAUGAAGGAGGGGCCAACUCCUCUCGGCGAAGUGGAAUUGACUGUGGAUAUUCCUGUGAACUUUACAACGCACGGGAAGUCUGUGAAAUUUCUCAACAUCCAUGAUCUUAAGACAAACUUCCAGCAGCAGAAAUUUUAUUGUUCUCUUACGGGCGCCUCAUAUGUGCCCGACGAAGGAGCAGAAGGAGAGGUGGAAGGAGUCCCAACGGUCCUGACAGAUAACGGUCGCCAAACUUUAACAAAGCAACACCAGGGAACUCCUACCAUGCACGGCAAAGAAACGUCACUGGAUCCAGCGAGUCUGAGUUGUUCGAAUCCACUGGUGAGUUGUGCUCGGCUUUCAUGCUUAAUCAAGUCAUGGCCGUCCUUGAGUAGCGUUGCCGAUAUCACCGUCAAUCUGUCCCUCAAGCUCAACGUCCUGGCUCGCCACAUCUCGAUGGAAGGAGGAGCUGUUUUGAAGAGUUUCGCAAGGGCAAAGAUCUUGUCACUAAAUCCUAAGCUGAGUUUUGUUGGGGAAAAAGAGACUGAUUUCGUUGUCAUGACGCAAGUACAGCCGUACAGUCCACCUGGGAAAGGCGUUCCUUGGUGGGUCAUCUUGCUGGCUCUGCUGGGUGGUCUCCUGCUCCUCUCUCUCCUCGCCUAUGGCCUCUACAAGGCUGGAUUCUUCAAGAGAAAAGAACUUGAAGAAAUGAAAGCUCAUCAUGCCCAGACAGUCUCCAGCAACGAUAACGCUGGUCUGGUUGAGGAUUAAGUGACCAACCUAAAACCCUACUACUCUUUUAGUUGUUACCAUGUGCCAUCAUAAAGCUCAACAAAGAUCGCCAAAAUAUUGAGCUUGAUAAUAAGACCAUUUCGUAAGAAGAUCCUAGGUCUGACAUUACUAUGAAGCAGGAAAAUUACUCCAUUCUCCAGGGUAUCACCGUGAUGAAGCUUUCAGUUCCUGAUAUAUCUCCAAGACUUCCAAACCCUCAUUCUAAAAGAAGUGGCACUCUGAAAGUGAAGACUGAUAUAACAUGAAACACCCCCCCCCCCCCACCCUGCUUUUAUUUAAGCAUUGAUUAUUGGGAUUUUCAUGGCACUCUAUGCUGUAUCAUUUAUGCAUGUAUAGGAUCCACUCUUAAGACUCUGGGACUAAGUUCAGACCAGGUCUUAUCGCCCUUUAACCUGGUCUAGAGGUGCUAGCUGGGGAAGUAAGGCAGCUAGACCAAAGACAUUCUUGCCCAGAUCCUGUAUUUUUUUUUUUAUCAGACUCUUAUGCCACAAGUAAAAAUUCGAACUGGGGUGUAAUUGUAGUGUAGCCAAAACGGGAAGCAAGGGGGCCAGAGUUGAAUCAGGACCCAGGAUUGAGGCUGACUAGUGGUACCUGGGCUUUUGUUGUCGAACCGCACCUGUUCCUUAGGUGUGGGAUUCGCUUUCCUAUAAUUCCUAUAAUUCUUUUACAUAUUUGUGAGUGUGAUGAGGUAUGGUGAGUGUGAUGAGGUAUGGAACACUGCUAACAUAGUUAAUCUGGAGAUUAUAUAACUAUAUGUUGACACGAAGUACAGCUUCAUGAGAUAAAUGGUCUCCCGUUGGAUCUUCCCAAUGAGUUCAUAUGGUACUGUGCACAUGGUACAUGUAUCAAGUGCAAGACAUGCAAGACACGUGAACAGUCUGUGCUAACUCACCCAUAUAAUCUGUACUCACAUAACAAGAUUCAGUGGGAAAUUCUACCUUCGAAAUUUUUGCCAUGCAUCUGUGUUGUAUUGCUGUAUGCACACACUGACUGACUAUCUGACACACACACACACACACACACACACACACACACACACACACACACACACACACACACACACA